GUACGCAGGGGGAGGGCGGACGCGGGCGGCGGGGCCAGCUGCGUCCCGAGCUCGGGCACCGCCGCCUGCUUCUCUGGAAGCGCCUGAGAGCCCCGCCGCGCGGAGUCCGAAGUCGGCCACCAUGGAGGCGCAGGCGCAAGGUUUGUUGGAGACUGAAGCGUUGCAAGGACGAGAUGAUGACACAGUAGCCAGUGCUGACUUCUCUAGCAUGCUGUCUGAGGAGGAAAGAGAAGAAUUAAAAGCAGAAUUAGUUCAGCUAGAAGACGAAAUCACAACGUUACGGCAAGUCUUAUCAGAGAAAGAAAGGCAUCUGGUUGAGAUAAAACAGAAACUCGGCAUGAACCUGAUGAAUGAAUUAAAACAGAAUUUCAGCAGAAGCUGGUACGACGUGCAGACCACGACUGCCUACAAGAAAACACACGAAACCCUGAGUCACGCAGGGCAGAAGGCAACUGCAGCUUUCAGCAACGUUGGGACGGCCAUCAGCAAGAAGUUUGGAGACAUGAGACGAAAGUAGGCGGGGCGAACCACGGCGGAGGCAGCUUCGAAGAGGUGCUCAGCUCCACUGCGCACGCCAGCGCGCAGAGCUCGGGGGGCGGGCCCCGGCGGGCCGAGGAGGAGGAGCUGCAUUGCUAGGGCCGCCCCCUGCAGCCUCCCCGCGCCCCGGCCCGCCCAGCGGACCAAAAUCCCGCUGGGAAAAACCCAGGCC